CCAACAGAAGGUCACAGUUCAUAAAUACUGCAGUGUGCGCCCUGGCUCUGUCGCUAGAGGGUUUUAACGUGAAAUCGGGCGCGGAGGAGUAUCAGUUUUAAUUUUAUACGGAAAUAUGGCUUCUGAUUCAGGCUAUGGGCAGCCUGGAGCCCCACAAAGCUAUGGAUCUUAUGGUGGAUCCCAGGGCUAUCAACAUGGUGCGCCGGGUUAUGGUCAAGGUAAUGGCGGCAGCUCAUAUGGUGGACAGAGUUACGAAGGUUAUGGACAGUCAGACAGUUACAGUCAGUCAUCACAAGGCUACUCUGGCUACGGACAGCAACAGCAGAGCUAUGAAGGUUAUGGGCAGCCGAGCACCGAUGCUUCGUCGGGGUAUGGAGACAAGCCUUAUGGACAGCAGGGUUCUUAUGGACAGCAAGGUUCAUAUGGGCAGCAGUCUGAAGCAGGACCUGGCCAGUCUGGGGGCUCAUACGGUGGUCCGUCAGGAGGUUAUGGAAGGCGAAAUGAGGGUGAUAGCAGGCGAUAUGGUGGUGGUGAUGAAGGAAGCGACAGGUCUGAGGGGUACAGGGGAAGAGGGCGUGGAGGUUAUGAGCGUGGAGGCUAUGAACGUGGGGGUUAUGAUCGUGGUGGCUUCGACCGAGGUGGAAGAGGAGGUGGCCCGCCCUCCGGUGUGGGUGGUGGUGACCGUGGUGGCUACAAAAAUUACGGUGGACCCAGAGAUUAUGGUCAAAGGGAUGAUUCAGGUGAAGAACAGGACAACUCUGACAACAACACAAUCUUUGUCCAAGGCCUUGGAGAGGAUGUCACAACUCAUGAAGUUGCUGAAUUCUUCAAACAGAUUGGAAUUAUUAAGUUGAAUAAAAAGACUGGCAAACCUAUGAUUAACCUGUACACCGACAAAGCCACCGGUAGACUGAAGGGUGAAGCAACAGUCUCAUUUGACGACCCUCCUUCUGCAAAGGCUGCCAUUGACUGGUUUGACGGCAAGGAGUUCAAUGGAAAGCCCAUUAAGGUGUCCUUUGCCACCAGACGGGCAGAGUUCUCCCAGAGAGGAGGAGGAGGAGGUGGGGGAGGAGGGGGAGGAGGGAGAGGACGUGGAGGUUUCAGAGGUCGAGGAAGCUUUGGUGGUGGUCCCAGUUUUGAUGUUAAAGGAGGAGACUGGCUUUGUCCCAACAGCUCUUGUGGAAACAUGAACUUUGCCCGGAGAUUUGAAUGCAACAAAUGUGGUACACCAAAACCCGGAGACAGUUUUGGAGACCGUGGUGGUAGAGGAGGCUUUGGUGGUGACCGUGGUGGUUUCAGGGGUGGAAGAGGCGGUUUCAGAGGUGGAGACCGCGGUGGUUACGGUGGUGGAGAUCGUGGGGGCUAUGGUGGUGGAUACAAGAUGGGAGGAAGAGGGGAGCACAGAGAGGAAAGAAGAGACCGGCCCUACUAAAGGAUUAGAGUGGACUUCACUCUGGGAGGGGGGGAGGUUUAAUAUGGGGAAUAAAGAAAAGGUGGGGUCCAUUUUUCCACACUCUGCAUCACUUUUUCGCCGGAGCGUCUUGUGUAUUGCUUCCAGUGGCUGGUUUGUCCAGUAGGAUCACUUCCCAUCUACUGUUAAAGGACUCUGGCUGGAAAUCAUGGGGAACAUGAAAGGGGAGGGAGGGAUGGGGUGGGGGUGUUGGAGGUGAUUUGCUAUUUUUGUUACUUUUAAUUUUUCUGACUUGGUAGAAUUCACGUUUAGUGUAUGGUAGACAUGUUAAGUGUAUCAUUUUGUUGGGGUUUUUUUUGUAAAACUGAAAUGAUCUGUUUUACUUGGGAUUUUCCUUGUUCAAAGUGAUAUUAAACCUGAUUCUAAUCUUA